AUGCUGCACGUUGACUCGGCUUCUUCCUCAACUGCAUCCGCUGUCUCUCAAAAAAACGAAACCUCGUCGAGUGUGUCAUCAGACUCCAUCGCGAUUACUUCGGCCACGGCAUUAUGCUCCCAGCUAACAGGCGUCGCGCUCCCGCAAAUGUUACUCGCGACGGCCCGCGUCACCGUCGGUGCACCGUCGGGUCGGACUCUCACCGUGCGAGCGCUUCUCGAUCAAGGCUCGGAGAUCACCUUCAUCACGGAGCGUCUCGCACAAACUCUCAGAAUGCGUCGCAUUCGCCAACCGCUCUCGAUUUCCGCCGUCGGCGGAAUGAACGCCGGAACUUGUCAGUUCGCCGCUAAGAUUCGGAUCGCUCCGAUCAAUCAAGCUGCUCCCGUGUUCACGACAACCGCGUCGAUUCUCAGAUCUCUCACAAAAUAUUCGCCUUACAAGGCGAAUUCCAACUAUGAUUGGAGCUAUCUAAGCGAUCUCAAUCUGGCCGAUCCGAAUCCAACAAGCGCUGACCCGAUCGAAAUCCUGAUCGGAGCAGACUUAUAUGGCGAAUUGCUGCUUAGCGGCGUUCGUAAAGGCGCCCCUGGGCAGCCAAUUGCGCAGCAAACCAUUUUCGGCUGGGUUUUGUCGGGGCCCAUGUCCGAGCUGUCGACGCAAUCGCGAGCGAUCACCGUUCAGCAUUGCGCGAAUUCGGAGGCUCUAGAUCAGGAGCUCAGACGAUUCUGGGAAAUCGAAGAAACUCCUCGACAGGCUCUCCUCAGCCCUGAAGAGCAGCAAUGUGAGGAGCAUUUCACAGCCACGCAUUCGCGCGGUGCUGACGGUCGAUACACAGUGCGCCUUCCGUUUAAGAGCGGUCCGCCGAUCGACAUCGGCGAUUCGCGCCACACGGCUGAACGCUUCCUGCGAGGAUUGCAUCGUCGCUUCCUUCUACAUUCCGACCUUCGUGCGGCCUACGCCGAAUUUAUGCACGACUACGAAUCAUUAGGACAUAUGAACGAAGUGAAGAGCGAUCAAGUUGCCUCGCAGGAAGUGUAUCUCCCUCAUCAUCCUGUCAUUCGCGACAGCAGCGUUACGACAAGAUUGCGAGUCGUAUUUAACGCGUCGAGUCUGACGACCAAUUCAACGUCGUUGAAUAAUCACUUGCUCACCGGGCCAAAGUUACAAGCGGACUUAUCGGCUGUCAUUCUGCGCUGGCGACAGUUCCGCUACGUUUAUGCUGCCGAUAUAACAAAAAUGUAUCGCCAAAUAGUUAUGGACCCGCGUGACAUCGAUUACCAGCGAAUUCUAUGGAGCGGCGCUCCUUCAGAACCCGCUCGAGCUUAUCAGCUCACUACUGUCACAUACGGCACAGCCUGUGCGCCAUUUUUAGCGCUACGCGUCAUUCGUCAGCUUGCUCAAGAUGAGGGUAGUUCUUUCCCACUCGCUGCUAUUGUUCUGCAGCAAAAUACUUAUGUCGAUGACAUUCUCUUCGGGGCGGACGACAUACCUCUUCUUCGUCAAGUUCGCGAGCAGGUAUGCGCGUUGCUUCGUCGAGGCCGAUUCGAGCUGAGAAAAUGGGCGAGCAACUCUUCUCAACUCCUCAGCGAUAUCGCUAGCGCAGAUCACGGUCCUAGUUUGCGAUAA